UGAGGUAAUCUGUUGUCAGGCAGAAGCUCGUGAAUAAAUCUACUUCCUGUUGAUGAAUUAUAAAAAAUAAAUUGACGUCACAGAGACUGGACGUGACGUCACCUCGCCGUGUGCAGGUAGGACGAGCCAAACGAGCUCUGUGACGUCAUAGCAGCUCAUAUAUUCAUCCGGUAAUUUGUUUUAUUUUGUAGUUUGUGGGCUUUUAUUUUGAAGGGCAAUCCGCCGUGCUUCCGUUACCAUUUAAUCCUUUCCCACAAUGCUUUGUGUCCACGUCCCUGCUUCCUGUUUAUUGUACCGUCUCCGCCGGUAAAGUCCCGACGAAAGCUCGGCCUGUAGCAGCUCCUCUUUCCUUCUUCUCCCUCCGCCCGGCUCGGUUUAGGAUGGAGGACUCGGAGACGGAGCUGGCGGUGUCGGAGUCCGACGCUCUGGGUGCAGACUUCAUCACGGUGGAGUUGGACACGCAGCCCAUCGAGUACGUGGUGAAGUGGGCCGAGGUCGGGUCCAAGUUCACCAUCUCGUGCGUGAAGAAGGACUCGGACGACCCGUCGGAGCUGACGGCAGACCAGCUGAAGAUCGAGACGGACGAGGCCUUCUUCGCGCCGUACGAGGAGGUGUACCCGUGCGAGGUGACGGAGCAGAGUGUGGAGAUAAAGACGGACUCUGACGAAGACGAGGACGACACCGAGGAGGAGCAUGAGGUUCUGGUGGAGGCGGGGAGCAGCCAGCUGGACGGAGAGCUGGACUCGGACCAGGCAGACUACGAGCCAGACGAGCGCCAGUACCGCUGCAGCUACUGCGGGAAGUGCUACAGCCACGCCUCCAGCCUCUACCGCCACCAGCAGACACACACCGGGAAGACCGGCGGGGCGGCGCCACCCAACAAACGGACCCUGGAGCCAACCCAUCAGGAGGCCCGCUACACCUGCCCCCACUGUGGCAUGAGCUUCAAAGGCAGCAGGAUGUUGGGCAGUCACCUGCGGCUGCACGGGAAGCGGCGGAUUCACCCCUGCAACAUCUGUGGGAAGGAGUUCAACCACAGCUCCAGCCUGUCGCGUCAUCGCCUCAUCCACAAGAAAGGCAAAGGCCUCCCCAAGGACGCCGCCCUCGGCCCCAACAUGCCCGCCCUUCGCCACUCGCUGAAGGCCGGUGGCAAGAACAAGAAGACCAAGAGGCAGCAGCAGCACGUGGCGGCCGUCAUCAUUCAGGGUCAGGGUGGUGGCGAUAAGUUCUACGCCUGCCCGCAGUGCGACAUGAGCUUCAGGACGUCCACACAGCUGUCCAAACAUCAGGUGACCCACGUCAAGGAGCUGCUGGACAACUACACGCCUGGCAAGGAGAACCUGGGCGAGUCCUCGUCCGACCUGAAGAUCCGCCUUAAGCUCUGCUCCCGUGACAAGCCCAACUUCUACACCCUGUGUAAGAAGAACCGCCGCCGCCGGGGGGGGCGGGCCCCAAAACGGGGCACUGCCCUCCCUCAGGAGGGGGAGGAGGAGCAGGGCAGUGGAGGAGGCGGCGGCGGCGGCGGCACUGGUCGCCACGGCUGCAGCCAGUGCGGGAAGCGGUUCAGUCAUGCCUCCAGCCUGGCACGGCACCAGCAGACCCACAGGGCGGCGGACGGCGGCGAGCGGGUAAAGCUGCAGCAGCACCAGAAGCAGCUCCACGUCAAGACCGGACUCCCCUCCGCCGCCACCAAGACCGCCAAGACAUACACCUGCUCGGCCUGCAACAAGACCUUCAUGCACUCGUCCAGCUUCUCCCGCCAUAAGAAGGCACACCUGGAGGAGGAGCAACGGGCCCAGGCCGCCACCGCCAAGCGCCGAAAGAGAGUCGUCUUAGACGAGACCGCGCCACUGGAGUCCGACUCUGAGUAAAGUCGCCCUGCUCUGGACUGAGUUUGGACUGGUUCUGGGUUGGUUCUGAAUCAGUGCUGACUGGUUCUGGACCGAUUUGGGACCAGUUCUGGAAAAGUUCUAAUUUGUAAAAGUUCUGGACCAGUUGGAGACUGGUUCUGGGCCUCGUGUUCAUACAGGUUCGAGGACAGGAACUGUUUUUUUUUUUUUGUUUGUUUUUUUUUUGGUGUAGAUAGCAGCAGGACAUCCAUAUAUGGUCGUACGGCGGGGGGGUUCUCCUUUUAUGGUUGUAUCCAUAUAUGGUCAUAACUGGCCGUUAGCUAAUUGCUCUUAAGGAUGGGAUUAGAUUAAAGUGUUACCCCAGGCCCCGCCCACUGCCCCACCCUCCUCCACCUGUCUAUGAGGUUGCACUCUACACUCCAUUUCCCAUCAGUCACUGCUCUGUCACAGGCCACACCCACUUGUUAACAUAUUUCCCAUCAGCCCCGGGAUGCUUGCGGAGCAUUGUGGGAGUUUAGCCUAAGCCCCGCCCCCUCUUAAUUUAUUUAAUUUAUUUCCUGUCAAAUCAUUUUUCACGUCAGUCGUUUGAAAUCCAAAAUAAAUAUUUAAUUAUCGAUCAUUAA